GAUUAAUUAUUUGUUACUUACUAGCAGCUGCGGAGGUAUUUUGAUGGUAUUUUCGAAUACCCGAUUGAUCAUCAUGAUGACUAGAACUUAGAAGGACGGAGACAACCACGGACCAAUCCACCGGCACCAAGGCAAACCGAGCUAACAGCAUCGCUAGCUAGCCUACGUCUGGGAGGAAGGGUCCUUUUCAGGCAAACUAUCACUAGAGCGUUUGGCCGGCUAGGGGCUGGCCCUCACGGUUUCUGAGAAAACCUAUCAACGGGUACAUUGCGAUUCGUGGGUUCGGAAAUUUCUUUACGAUGGAGCAAUCCAAGAGGUUGGGGCCUCUUGAGUCAGCAGAAUUCAUAACUGGCCACUCCAAGGAUGUGAGCAUUUUGCUUGACGGAAUUCAAUCCCUGGCUGACAAACUGGAGACGUUGAUUUCGUCACAAAGCUUCAGCAUGAAGACGGCGGUGUGGAAAAGCAUUGUGUACGCGCAAACGCCGGAGAGGACCGCAGUGGACUGGAUCUUCUUCAUAGAUCUCAUGAAUUAUUCGUACUGGUCGGAUGAUCCCAGCGUGGAUUAUGCAGUGAAAUAUCGUGAAGAGGACCAUAUCGAUUUCUGGGCGUUGUGCUCAGCGGUGAAACGUGCACUGGACGAGGGAAUACCCCUGUUGUCCGCUGAAUACCUAGCCAAAAUUACCAUUGAUGACGUCAGACAUAUAUUUCGUUCAUCGUCAUCUGUUGAGCUAUCGCUAUUGGAGACUCGACAGCAGCAUCUAAGCGCUGCGGGCAAGGUGCUUAUGGAGAAGUUUCAUGGCUCUUUCUCCAAUUGCGUGGACUCGUGUGGCCAUAGCGCGAAAAGGUUAUUGGAAAUUGUUGUCACUAACUUCCCAUCAUUCCGCGAUGAAGCCGAUUUCAAUGGCUCGCCAUGUGCGUUCUACAAGAGAGCCCAGCUCCUCAUAGCUGACCUAUGGGCGUACUUUGAGAACAAGAGCUUUGGCAGGUUUGAGGACAUUGAUUGCAUCACUAUGUUUGCCGACUACCGUGUUCCACAGGUCCUACUCCAUCAUGGCGUCCUCCAGUACUCUGAGUCGCUCAUGUCCCACUUGCGGGAGCGCCGCUUGGUGGACGUGGGCCACCGGUGGGAGCUGGAGAUCCGCGCGGCCACCAUCUGGUCCGUUGAAUUGGUGCGCCGCGAGCUAGUAAAGCGAAGAGAUAGCAGGCAAGCACAGCAGAGGAGUGGUACAGAUGAGUUGUGUUCCUUGCCCCUGAACAGCAUCAUGAUAGACUUUCACCUGUGGUACUCAUCGAAGGACAUGAACUUGACCGACCAGUCGCUCGACUUCCCCAUGCACCGCACCAGGACAACGUUCUACUGACCGAGCAUGGUGUCUAUUGUAGCAGGAACACCGCCGACAAAUGUCAUGCCACCACAGUCAAUCCUCCCAGGGCAGAGUUGAAACUACUAGUACUAGUACUGCUGCUGCUGCUGCUGCUGCUGCUGCUGCUGCUACUAUGAUCUACAUGCAUGCGUUGACUUUGGAUUCUUCUAUUCAACUUUCCGGAUAAUCAUGGAUUUUUCAAUGAAGUUCUUUGGGUACUAUGACCUGAAUGGAAAGUUA